GGCUAAUGGGGAAAAGUAGACAAACACCAAGGAAAAUAGAGGGACAAAUUUGGAGAAGGUCGCUCUUUACUGUAGGGCAAAAUGGUGAAUGGUGAGCCAAACGGCAAAUUAGGAAACCAGGCAGUGAGGCAAGCGGGGAGGCAAGAGGCAAACAGCAAUCCUCUCCGCGAUAGCCUUGCUUUUUGCCAAUGCUGCAAGCAGGGAAGAGAGGCACACAGCAAGGCAAAUGGAGAGGCGAAAAAAUGGGGAGAGGAGGUAGCAUUUAACGGUGUGGCGUUGCGAAAGCCUAAAGCGAACAGCGACCCUUUCCCUGUUAGCUUUGAUGUUUGCUGUGCUCCAAGCAGGGAAGAGAGGCACACAAAACAGCACGGCAAUCGGAGAGGCAAAGGGUGAAGAGGUAGCACGUACUUCAGAUAUGGGGCCAUUGGGGCUACAACGGCUUUGGGGAAGGUGAGGGAAAUGGAGAAGGACGCUGUGCUUCAGAUAUGGAAAAGGGAGGUGAAAGGUGAUGGAAAUGAGGAAGCAACUUCAAGCAAACCUGACAGUGAGGCUAUACAGGGGCUGAAAGUGAGGGAAAUGGUGAAGGAGGCUAUGACGGGAGAGGACGCAAACAGCAAGGCAAACUGUAGGCAGGAAUGGGAAAAGGACGCACAGUUGGAAAGGGUGAGGCAAAUGGGGAAGAGACGCAACAGCAAGGUAAACGGAGAAGCAAAUCGCACUUCCACGAGUAUCCACGGAUUCCUUGUAGGCGUCGAGGCAGGCAGCCUAUCGCCAAACAUCAAACUGAAGAGCAUGCGUAUUUUGCGAACAGAGGAGGACGACAACGACGACGAGGAGCAGAACAGAGAACGAGGAGGAGGAGGAGGAGGAGGAGGAGGAGAACAGAGGAGGAGGAGGAAGAGGAGGAAGAGGAGUGUCUGCUAUAAGAUGAGAUUUUUAGUUCCAUUGUGGAGUGGCGCAGUUUAGGAAAAAGGCGUUUGCUGGGGGUGCGUAUCGAUGGGGCUGGGACAAAGUACAAGGAUUUGUAAUUGUACAAGUUUUGUAGCGUUAGGAGGAGGAGGAAGAGGAGUGGGAGAGUAGGGGCAGAAGGUGCAGGAAUAGGGGGGAGGAAUUGGGACAAGUUUUUGUAGUCAAAGAAUACAGGUGAUCGUGUUGCUCAUUGAUAGAGUGUUGAAUCUGUUUAUGGUGUUGUCAGAUAUUUCAGUGGUGAAUUCGGCGGUUUCGACUACUUCCGGCAUGAGUCGUCAUAGAAAUGUGCUGACUCGCAAGCAAGGGGCAGCUUGAUGGGGAGAGGGAGUGAAUAGCAGGCAUGGGACCAAGGAAGGUGCGACUCAGGAACGAGGCGAUCCCCUUUUCUU